CUUCUAUUUAAAAAGGUCAAGUUUUGAAACAUAUUCUUUAUUCAAAAUUAAAUACAUUUUUCAAGUGUGUUUUGGACUUAUUUAGGCGCGUGUCAAUUUAACAAAGAAAGCUGAUGUUUUCCGUUUAUGAUUUCGUUCUAUUACAGUAUUAUUGUGGAAAUUAAUUAUUCAGUACAUUAUACAGUUAAGUUAUAACGUCCAAGCCCGGGUUGGAGUUGCUUACAGGAAUUUAUAAGAUUCUGGAUGCAGUAUAUGAUACGAAGAGCGAACUAUUUCUACAGAGGACAAGUAAAAAGGAACCUGCGUUAUUUAUCUUUGUCUGAAAACCGGACAAUGAGCAGUGUGCAGUCUUUACCGGUGCUGUAUAUUAAGGCUUCAAACCAAUUCGAUGUGGGACAAGCCGUUGGGAAAACGUUUAAAGGUUUUAUAAACGACUACAUGUCUGACUCCAAAGAGGUUAAAAUGUACCGUAAGUUCUUCAAUGAUCCAAGGGGCAAGCCAAUCGUUGAGCAAUACUUAGAGACGUCGGAAAAAUAUCAUCCUGACAUCAUGUCUGAGAUACGCGGCAUCGCGGAUGGAUCUGGGGAGAGCUUUGUUGACAUCUUCAUGCUGCAGUUAGCCUCUGAGAUCAGCAUGUGUCACUAUGAUGUAUUGUUUCCAAGUGAAGCGGACUCACACAGUACACCUAAAGGGUGCACAGAUGUCCUCGUUAACAGGCAGUCAUGUCGUGUCAUCGGGCAUAAUGAGGACUGGGCGUUUGAAGUCUCGUCACGCGUUGGUAUUGUCCAUGUGACUAUCACGGGACACGAGGAAACCAAACCAAUGGAGCAGUUCCUGUCUUACGUAUUUCCUGGCUAUUUAUCCGGCCUUACUUUUGGAAUGAAUAAACACCUCGUGUUAACAUUGAACAGUCUUGCACCCACUCAGGCGAACGUCCGCGGAGUCCCUUUGCAAAUUGUGGUUCGGAACCUAUUAACAUGUGAUAGCAUCAGCGCAUGCGUGGAAAUGAUGGCCAGUAGACCAGUCGGAUGUGGAUUCGGAAUGAACAUCAAUAUUGCCGAGAUUAACACAGACAAGAUGUGUUCAGUGGAAGUCUACUCCGACAAAAACGGGAGUUCCACGGAUGUUCACUGGGCGCAUGAUUGGGUAGACGGCUUCUAUCACCACCAAAAUCAUUAUCGUCGCCCCCGGGAAGAUAUGCAGGCCCCUGUCGUUGCUGGGUCGAGAAUCCGGUAUGAAAGGGUAGAGGAAAUGACGAAGGAAGUGCCGGUGGCAGGCGUAGAUGAUGUGCGCACUAUCCUCGGGGACGACAAAUCGGAAAGGACGCCAAUAUACCUGACUCACAGCGAGAAACACUCGUACAAAGAUGGCUCGACCUCCGCCACAGCCAUAUUUGACAUCAGCAAUCGCGUUCUUCAUGUUUAUCGUGCAAACCCACGACACUCCCUGCCACUAGCCUCGUUGCCCUUUAUCACGUAAUGAUUACGCAUUAGGACCGUUAUAUAAUUCUGUGUCGUUUAUUUUGACACCAUUUUAAACGGUAUAGCACGGGUAUUAUAGAUUCCUUUUUAUAUUUAUUAUGCCCCCUUUUGAAAAAAGUGGGGUAUAUUGUUUUGCACAUGUCGGUCGGUCGGUCGGUCUGUCUGUCGGUCGGUCGGAAUACCAAAUGGUUUCCGAUCAAUAACUUGAGAACGCUUUGACCGAGGGACCUCAUACUUGGUAUGUGUAUUGGUCAUCACCAGCAGAUGAACCCUAUUGAUUUUGAGGUCAGUGGGUCAAAGGUCAAGGUCAGUGUGACCUUUACAUGAAAAACGGUUUCCGAUCAAUAACUUGAGAACGCUUUGACCCAGGAACCUCAUACUUGGUAGGUGUAUUGGUCAUGACCAGCAGAUGAACCCUAUUGAUUUUGAGGUCAGUGGGUCAAAGGUCAAGGUCAGUGUGACCUUAACAUGAAAAACGGUUUCCGAUCAAUAACUUGAGAACGCUUUGACCCAGGGACCUCAUACUAGGUAGGCUUAUUGGUCAUGACCAGCAGAUGAACCCUAUUGAUUUUGAGGUCAGUGGGUCAAAGGUCAAGGUCAGUGUGACUGUAAGCUGAAAAAAGGUUUUCUGAUUGUCCAUAUUUUAUUUAAGUGUCCAAAUCCUACUAACAAUUUGGCUCCCAAGGGGGCAUAAAUGUUUCACUAACAUCUCUUGUUCAUGUUGGCGAUAAUGUUUUAAAAUUUAAAAUGUUUCGCGUAAAGAUAAAGAUCCUGUGAUUUCAAGCACUUGUCAGUUUUUGUGCAAUAAUUUAUCAGGACAGCAUUUUCUUGUUUCAAUUCUUAUAUUGUUUGUGACACUAUAACAUUUAUAAAAAAAAAAGUGCAUGUAUUUUCAACUUGAAUAUUUUCACAAUGUAUAAUUAAACCCACCAGCUCCACCACUUAUCGGUUUUGCAAAGGAAACCUCGGAUGUAUUUGGACGGUUUACAUACUCAAAUUUAACACAAUAUUUGCAAUAAAUUAUAUUUUUUUCCAACUAAAUAUAUAAAACACAUACAAAUAAAUACAAAUAAAUUAAAAUACAACUGACUUUGCUUGACUUUGCUUGGCUUUGCUAGGCUUUGCUUGACUUUGCUAGGCUUUGCAGUGUUUAGUAGGACCGAAAAGUGGUACGUUUAAUUCCGCUGCAAGUAGAUCGCGUAGUAAUUUUAUAUACAGUAGCAGUUAAACUUUAUGACUUAACUCUUGGGAAUCUUAAUUAUUUUUGCAAUAAUACACUCCACUGGCAAUCAAUUUAAACUUAGAUCAAUAAAUACAACUCUAAAACACUUCAUUUAAUUAAUGAUAUAAUUUAAAAAUUUACGAACUACUUCAACUGAUGUAACAAUUGUAUGAUAAACAUAGCCACCUUUAGUUUGUAUUCAUUUCAAAAGCGUUAAAUCUUUGUUACUUCGGGCGCAAAACAUACUCGACAGUAUCACCACAACUCGACAGCGCCACCACUAGAGCAACAGCGCCACCACUUUUAUAAAUACAUGUAUGUGCAUUUUCCGUUUCUAAGGAGUGAUUUAGUUGUAUAGUGUUCCGGCGUAUGUACUAUGCAGUCAUAUUUGACAUCCUCCAGAACAUUCUUACGGUGUGUGUAAACAACGAAGUGUUCUUUAACUGCUAGCAGAUCUCAAAAUAUGCACAAGUCCGAAUCGGGAGAAAAGCUCCUCAGGCACCAAAGUUCGCACAAUAUUGAAACGAAACCGUAACCGACCUGCAGUAAACGUGAUCUUGCACAGUACAUUCUCCGAUUUUCAAAAUAUGUCCGUUGAAUAAAAUUAUCAAAUAAAAAAUAAAUCAUACUCACGUUUGUAGCACAAGGCACAGCUGCACCACGGAAGUGUCGACAGCUCAUUUUUACACCACCGAUAAGUGGUUGAGCUGGUGUUAAGUUGCCAUGUUUAAGUGGGACUUUGGCAUAAAUGUAAUUAAAUUUAGCUUUACCUUUUUAUCCUUGAAACACAUUGCACAGUCAACAUACAAGUUUGAUUACGGGGCUUUAUAUCUUAAAUAUCGUAUUACUUGCUUUAGUAAACCCUUUCAAAAU